GAUUAUGUAUUCCGCGUGGACGAGACCGCAGCGAGAGCACGGCCACAGUGACGAGUGCGCACGAUUCCAUGCUUGGCGGUCCUCAUGGACGAGAUGGCAGCGAGCGCAUAGAAAAGCGCCCGGCGGCAAGGAAUCCGGCACCAUCUCCGAGUCCGGCGGCAAAGAGUCCGGCACCAUCUCCGAGUCCGGCGCCAUCUCUGCGUCUGGCAGUGCCAACUCCGACGAGGCGAAGUCCGGUGGAAGCAACAUCUCCGAGUCCGGCAACACCUCCGACAAGACCAGCGCUACCUCCAUCUUCGAGUCUGGCACCACCUCCAUGGCUUUGCGAGCGUGAGCGGUGAGCGCGACGAGAGCGGCGGCGGCGAGCGUGAGUGU